AUGGAUUCGCAAUCAACAUGUCUGACCCCAAAGCGACCGGCGGUGGAUCAAAGUCGCGGACGGGAUGCUCGGAGUGCAAACGGAAACGCGUGAAAUGCGAUGAGGGCAAGCCUAGUUGUGGAAGGUGCAAGAGACAUCCCGAGCGAUGUUCUUACGAGUUGAAGUUGUCAUGGACGCAGGGUCGACCUUUUAAGAAGCCAAGGACAAAAGAGCCUUGGGUCACGAAUUUGAAUGCAAGUGUUGCAACUUCCAAUCCUGAUGCGACGCAGCCUGUCUCCGCCGCUCAACUCGAGGNNGGGGAAACCGCUAAUAACGCAACUUCGACUGCUGAUUCGCAAUCACUACAACUCCCGUGUAUCUCACAAAAUUCUAACAUAGAAGCAUCGAAUUCAUUACAACCUUUCGAUGACUCCAUUGACCUCGAUGACUAUCAAGACUCUUUUCUCCUGCCUGAGGACAGUACACUCGCAGAUGCAAAUCUGCUUGAUGUCCCAUCUGACCUUGAUUUUGAGCCAGCUGACGAAACAAUCGAGCGUGAUGUUUCUCUUGUGCCUUACCAGCACUACUCUCCACCGAGUCACCAAUAUCCACUCUUGUGUCCAUCUGAGUCUCCUAAUGCUUACUUUUUCCUUCACCAUUAUAUCACGCAUACAUCGCUUACGCUCUUUCCACUAAUGGCACCUUCGAUACAUCAAGAGGUCCUGACGGUCGCGGCUCAGACACCACAUUUACUCUCGGCAGCUUUAGCGCUAUCUUGCGAUCAAGUACGGCGCCUCCGUGGAAACGAUUCGAUCGAGCUACAGAACAGAGCAUCCUUCUUCUUACGCAAGGCUAUCACCGGUCUACGGAAAGCAAUGAACGAUCCAACAGAAGCUCCCACCUUUUCUACCAUAUGCACUGUUCUCUUUCUCUGUACGAACGAAGUCAUGGCUGGAAACACUAUGGCCAUGCGUACGCAUCUCAAUGGUGCAGAACACUUGCUGUCCCUUGCGCUUGGAAAAUCUAGACACGAAGCAGUCACGGACCUGGAUGGCAAGAAGUUGUUCCUCAUCCGCUGGUUUGCUGUCGUAGAUAUCUUUGCCAGCAUCAUGAGUCUCGACAAGACCACCUCAUCAGACGGCCAAUUCUGGUCGAUAGGAGCUCCAAGCGGCACUUCCUCACCACAGUACAUCGACGAGUUCGUCGGCUUCUCACUGGAGCUGAUGCCAGAUCCUGUGCUUGUGGAUGAGGCCGUCUACGUACACCAAAUGUUCGUACACGCCGCACUUUUACAUCUGUACCGUCGUGUACAAGAGCUUCCAGAACUCGAUCCCAAACCUGCGGUAGCGCUGGCUUCUAUGCUAGAUCUACUGGGUAGAUUAAGACCAGAAUCACCUGCUAAUGUUCUGAUCCUUUGGCCGCUGUUCACAGCAGGAUGCGAGGCUGAAGAUCCAGAGUUGAGAGAUUACAUCGAAGCUUGUAUGAAUCGCAUCCGGAACUACGGGUGGGGCAAUGCAGACGCCGCUUCAACAGCCCUGAGAGCCUAUUGGGAUCAAGGCAAUGGCGAGCGCUGGGAUGUGUUCCUUGAGCGAAGAGGCUUCGAUGUUGUGCUAUUC